GAAAUAUUUUAUAAUUUUGGUCCAUCUGGUGCCAACACUGUCGGGCCCGGUGCCCAUGCUUCGCGCUCGCUGACCCAGACAGAAUGGACUCCUCCUUGAUUGAGAUCCAGCGCAGAGCUAUCCUGGACACUAUUCGCUUUACUGGUGGCAGAGACUGGAAAGUCCUUGUGUUGGACGAAGGUAGCAAGAAGCUCAUCGAUAAUGCAGUUAAGGAAGAUGAUAUCUUGAAAGAGAAUGUUACGAAUGUUGAGCAAAUAGAAGCCCGACGUCCCAUGAAUAAGGACCUGGAUGCCGUUUAUAUACUGUCGCCGUUGCCCCAUAUCGUGGACUGUGUUAUGGCAGAUUUCGAGCGCCGGCGGUACAAGAAAUCAUUUUUGGUUUGGAUUUCAAAUCUCGACCCUCAGCUGCGCCACAGGAUAGAAAAAUCACCCAUGGCUCGAGAUCAAAUCGCUGACUUCCGUGUUAUGAAUAUUAAUUUUUUCCCGAGAGAAUCCCAUGUCGCUAUAUUCAGGGACCCUUGGAGCUUUCCGACCCUCUUUCACCCUGCCUGCAACAAUUUGAUCAGGCCUCAUCUUGACGAUUUGGCACAAAAGAUUGUAUCGAUAUGUGUUUCACUUGGCGAGUACCCGAUAGUCCGAUAUUAUCGGCCGAAAACUCCAAUACACGAAGCAAGUGUCCUCUGCUCUCAUCUAGCGCGGUUUGUGCAAGAUCAGCUGGAUGAAUACGCAAAACAUCACGAUGAUUACCCCCCGCCCUCGCCGCGACCGCGUGGAGUACUAUAUAUCUUAGAUCGAUCAAUGGAUAUCUACGCCCCUUUACUUCAUGAAUUUACAUAUCAAGCUAUGGCCCAUGAUCUACUACCUAUAAAGGAAGGAGAUAAAGUAACCUACAAAACUACACUAAACGAGGGACAACCAAAUGAGGAAGUUAAGGAAAUGGAGAUAAGUGAACAUGAUAGAAUUUGGAUUGACAGCAGGCAUUUGCACAUGAAGGAUCUUCUGGGGAAGCUCGUUGAUGAUUUCAAUAAAUUCCGAGCGGAUAACCCCCAGUUCAACGAGAGUGGGGCUACUGCAAACCUCAACACUGUUAAAGACAUGAUUGCUGGGUUGUCGGAAUUUACAGAGGGAAAAAACGCAUAUACGCUACAUCUUAAUAUGGCACAGGAGUGUUUGGACGAAGAUUACCGGAAACCUAAACAUAUUGCCGAUCAGCUAGUUCGCCUAUUAGACGAAGAUUGCGUUGGACCGUCAGAACGCCUGAGGGAUGGACUUCUGCCAGGCGAUAUAAAAAAGCUCCUUGCUCACUCCCAGCUUCCACCACAGGAUGGUGAGGUCAUAUAUAACCUCGACCUAUUGGGCGCAAGAGUAGAAAAGCCGCUUAAGGACUUGAAACCAAAACCCGAGCCUUUAUUUCCCCGAAAAGUUCCCACUCAAACGACAGAAGAUGACACGAGCCUUUCUCGAUUUCAGCCUAACCUGAAAUUCUUACUGGAAGAACAGAACAAAGGAACUUUAGACACUACAAUUUUCCCAUAUACUCGGCCCCACCUCGACCCAGACGGCACAAUAGGUCAAGAUAAUGCUUCCCAGGCAUCUCUUCGAAGUGCAAAACCAACCUGGGCCCGAACCCGGCCAUCGGCAGCGGAGCCCCGCCAAAGAAUCAUUCUCUUCAUGGCCGGCGGUGCGACGUUUUCUGAGGCUCGUGCUUGCUAUGAAUUCGCUAGAAUCUCUUCUAAAGACAUAUACCUAGCUACAUCUCAUAUGCUCACACCGAAACUCUUUUUACGUCAACUUGGAGAUCUCAGCGUCGACAAACGCCGAUUGGAUCUCCCCGCGGAUCGUCCUGCACCAAAGGCCCCUGCACACCUCUUUGAGAAACCCGCACCGCAGCAGCCUCCAGUUCCUCCGACUGGUGGGCUAGCUUCUAUGACUAUUAGCUCCAGAGAUGCUCCGCACAGAUCACCGAACGGUGCUGCAGGCCAACCGCUGAAACCUGCCGUACUACCGGUUGCAUCCAGUCACAAAUUAGGGAAAAAAGAGAAGGAGAAAGACAAGGAGAAGGAGAAGGAGAAGAAGAAGCGAAAUUUCUUUAAGUAAUUAGAGGAAAAACAAUAUCCCAUUUACUAGAGAUACUUUUCGUUGCCCUCUCUAUGAUACUCCGAAUGCCUGCUCGCCGGACGACUUCUAAGUGUUUUCUUCUUUAAUUUUUAUCCCCUUCCUAAAUCCAUUCAGCAUAGAACUGGCGCGGGUCCAUCAGGUGGGAGUUAAUGUGUAUUUCAUCCCUGAUUUUUUCAAUGUAAAAUCCUUAGUUAAAUCAAUAGUACUGUGAUGUUGAACAGG